AUGGACAAAGACAGGCACGACUCUCAUGGACUUGGCCGAUGCUCUUGGAUGGAGAUGAAUCAGUUCAUUGGUGAGCUCAUGAGCGCAGGAAGUGCCCUAGACGUCCGCAAAAGUCCUCUGGACGUGGUGAACAUGACAUGGGGGGUAGCGGCGAGAGAGGGGCAGAAGUUUAAAGGAGUCCUUUUCGAACCAAGGUCUGAAGUCUGCAAAACCGGGUCACAGACGGAGACCAGUGUGGAGCCCGGGAAUGAGAAGAAGACAAGAGAUCUCCAUCACGCCUGCACCUGCCCAAACUGCCCAUCCUCUGCUUCCUCGUUCCAAACAAUACAACCAAGGCUCUCUUCAUCACCACAAGAAGACGCAAAAGACCUCAGCAGUGCCAACUCAUGUUUAUCUAGUUCUACUUCCGAGCCUAAUUCUUCUUUCUCGAGGCCGUCCCAUCUCCUGCAACACCAACGCUCAGAGCACGCCGACAAACCGUACGGGUUUCUUUGCACCGAAUGCAGACGCACGUUUAACUCGCACAGCAAUCUACGCAUCCAUCUGAACGUCCACACUGGAGCCAGGCCCUACUCUUGCCCCGAAUCUGGGGUUCGAUUCCACUACAGGACAGUGCACGGUUUGAUCCCCGAAAGUCCAGAUGAAGGAUCGGCCAGUCGUGGGUCGAACUUGGGCAGGCCGAGAACGGUGCCUUCCCCUAGUCUGCAGAAAAACUCUUCUAAUACAAGUCCGAAUAAGAUUAUCAUGCCUCCUAAUGUUUCGGCCCAAAGAGAAGACAAAGGCAAAAAGCCGGAGGUGGGUGUUGCGCUGUCAGACCCCAACAGAGUUCCACUGGUUUAUACGUGUGAAGAUUGUGGGCUGCAUUUCAAAGACGCUCUUUCCAGGAAUAGACACCAAAGUGUGGUUCACUACUUCUCAGACAGAAGUUCAGGUGAAGAAGAGAGCAAGGAGCACGCAAUACUGAAGCCCCAGCCUCUUGGACAAGCGGCUUCACUUGAUGUGCUUUAA